AUGGCUGCUCGGAGACCCAUAUCUGGAAGACUUUCGUCAAAAGCUGAUUUGUCCGAGCACACUAUGAUGUCUCCAACGAACGGUGGCACGAGGUGGAGGCUCAAUGGUACUGGCCAGCUAGUAGAUUCUGCGACAGCGGAAUGGGAUCUUGCGGACGAAAUCGUCAAGUUACAGAUCGGUGACAAUGGUGACGGGGCUGAGGGUCAGAUCCGUACUCCUCCCCAGUCAAAGGCGGCGGCUGCUGUCGUCCACUUACACGAGACGUCACCUCUGGAGACUGCGUCCGAAGCCAGCCUAGACUCCAACUCAUCGAAUACGUUGGACCAGCCCAGCAAUCUCGGCUCGCAUUCGCGUGGCUCUUCUGCAGAUACCACGGGUUCCGCGCUUUCGUCUGCAAGUCAGACUCUACGGGCGUCACCGUAUACACCUGUCAAACUUGGCGCCGUUGGAGAAUCCAGGAACCGUCCUCAUUCUUACAGCGGUGGCCUGUCUACUACUGAUCUCACUCGUCUUCAACAAGUAGGAGGUAGUCCGGCCAACAAAGGAGAUAAUUGGUCGUCUCCCAAUGGCACACCGGAGAGACAGCCCCAAGCAGAUCAACUCACGUAUCCUUCCCUGUCCGGGAAUACUCGUCAGGAGCAGCAGCAGCAGCAGCAGCAACAACAGCCCGUUACACCGUCUCGGGCUGAUGAUUUCCAGGUCGAAUACCAGACUCAGCAGCGUCAGUUCAGUCCCUUACCUCAGGGUGGCCCCACUGUUCCCUCCGGUGCCCAGACGGGGUAUGUUACUGGCAGAACCAACAAUGUCGCAGCAAAUAUACCUUACCGCCAACCUCCUCGAACAUUCAAUCCGCAAGUGCAGGUGCCGCCCGUGAUUCAGAACCCGAGCAACUUCGCGUACCCUGCGGCUCUCCAUCCCGCAUCCAUGACUAUGAACAAUGCACAACAGCAGCUCUACGACAUGAUGCUGCCGACACCACCGCUUGAGAACCCCGCCAUGGCUCGCUUGCAGCAGCAGCACGGCAUCUUCCGCACCCAUCAGCACUCGACCUCGGAUCCCGCAUCGCUUCGUGAUCCCGCCACUCUUGCAAUGCUCAACCAAGCAUUCGCAAGCCAGAUGUAUGGUCCCGCCAUACCCCCUCCCCCUGCUGCUCUAUCCAUGUUUGCGAAUCAAUUCUACGGCGCACCGCAAGAGGCAUAUCCGUCUCCAGAUCUCGCUGCAGCUCAGAUGAUGGCUCGGUUGCAGGCUCAGUAUACUGGACCAUACAGCGUCCCUGUUUCAGGACAGCCUGUGGCUCAGGGAGCAGCAACGCCAGCAGCUACCCAAAUGGCUGCGGCCGCGGCCGCGGCCGGUGCGUUGGGGAAUGGCCCGAGUGCCAACAAUCGGAAAUUGGGGUUGUACAAGACGGAGCUAUGCAGGAGCUGGGAGGAGAAAGGCAGUUGUCGCUAUGGUGCUAAGUGCCAGUUCGCUCAUGGCGAAGAGGAACUGCGGAAAGUCUCCCGCCAUCCAAAGUACAAGACGGAGAUUUGUAGAACAUUCUGGGUUUCAGGUUCAUGCCCCUACGGGAAGAGGUGCUGCUUCAUUCACACAGAGCUGCCUGCAUCUGGCGCUCCUCCCGGUGCAGAAGGGGCUCCUCCGCCGAACCCUGAUGGUCGCGCUCGUUCUUCUAGUACGAACAGUGACCCGAACGAAGUCUCCAGUUCUCUUCUCGCUCGUAUCUCUGCGAAGCGCACUCAGGACGGAGUUAUCAACUCCGGCACAGGCAGUGUCAGCACGACUCCUCCGUCUGGUGGAUUCCAGAUCAAUGGACGUCCCGGCGCGCUUCGCGUAGAUACUUCCGUCCUGGAUACAGCGACAAGCGUGAAACAAAACAAGUCUGCAUACCCAACGUUCGCACACAACGGAAUUUUGAUGCCCGCUGGAGAGGAAGUGACCGCUAGAUCUCCUGGUCCUGUAACUGCUGGUCCGGACUUUGGCAGGCAUGCGAGUUCGAGAAUAGACAUUGUGGGCUCUCAGCAGCGGUUGAGCAAAAAUUCCUCUACGACUCCUAACGUUCGCCAUUCUUUCAACGGAAGCGAUAUGCAGCUUGACUUCAGCUCUGCUACCCCUACGGCCACUAAUGUCCCGUCCCAGCUGGGGACGUCUCCUCCGGAAACUUCCAAGGCUUCCGCGCGCAUCAACGGUCACGUUCGCUCCGGCAGUGCUGGCAACUGGGGACCCUCGACGCGCGCCAGCCAUCUCGCGGCAUACCCGCUUUCGUCUAUCCCCGGUGGAGAGCUGAAGACGAAUUCCCCGUGGGCGGAGUAUUCAGUCAACUCCCGCCUCACGGAGAAAAACUGGGCCUGA